GAAGGCAAGAGGGCCGCCACACCACUGAUCCAGUUGCUUUGUGCAAGCGAAGGAGGACGAGAGCUGACGUCUGCCGACGUCAAUGGUCAGCCACUGACUUCCCUGUCCCUGACGACACGUCCAUGCGACAGCACAUCCGACAUUCCAAAACUCUUCUCCGAAUUCUUCACUUCAAACCUGUGUGGAAGUAACAGCAAAAACUAUGGACUUUACUGUCGUUAAAAAAAUUAUAUUCGAACACAACGUUUGUUGAUAAAAAUUGUAAAUAACAAGAAACCAUUUCAGAAGAGAAAAAAAUGCUGCAAUAAGACAAGGGAUAAAAAGAAGACAAUUAUUUGUGAACUCUAACAGAGGAAAAGAUUGAUUUCUUCGUUUUCCACUUGUGGAAACGGAGUUUAGGGUUACAAUUAAAAGGAGAGAAAAAGUAUAAUCAGUUUUCACAACGAUGUUGGACCGAAGAGUAGUCGUAGCAGGCGGAGCAUCAGGACACGCUGUUGGAAUUUUGCUGAUGGUAUUGUGGGCCCUGCGCUAUGGCAACGCCCAAGUGGAGAGCACAUCCUACAGCGACGGCAGCAACGACAUGAGCAGUAUGAUGACACCAUCGGUGACGCCGUCGACAAUGGAAGGAGUCCUGUUGACGACUACGGCGAGAGAAGAUCGUUUUCUUCAGCGUCGGAGAGACCGUCUGAGCAGACUGGAAGCUAUACGUCUGAAGAUUCUCGAGGAACUGAGAAUUCCGGAGAACAUCACACUGAGCCCCAAUCGCACUAAUGUUAGCGAUGUCUUGGAGAGUUUUCCCAAUCUAACAGUAUUAGAGCCGACAACGGAACAGCACCACUGUUACUCAGCAUCAUGUCACCCUCCACAGUCAGUCAACAGCACUCUGUGGAAUGACCCCAACAACCUGGGACUCCGCCUCUACAUCCCAGUGCCCCGAGAACCAGACACUGAAGCCGAUGCCCUCUCGGCGACAUUGCAACUGUUCCUGAAACCCAACCCACUGUCCGCAAACUGCCCCUGCUUGGAAGGUGGAGAAGAGGAGGAAGAAGGACAGUCUACUCCCAAUCUGUUGGUGUCUGUCUACAAGUUCACCAGGCCACUCAUCACACGGAGACGUGGCAGAAUUGUAAACAGACGGAGACUUCUGGACGCACGAAUCGCACGUUCUGCUGGCAGCGUCUGGGUGAGCCUCAACAUCAUCAGCGCCCUGCGAGAUUGGCGCCGCAACCGCCGGAACUUCGGGUUAGAGGUCACCGUCAAGAUGGACAACGACCGAGAAAUUGAUGCCAAGCAGCUCUUUGUGCAAGCCAGCUGCAACGCCGGCAGAGAAAUCGGCUGCCUGGAAGACGUGAGUGAAAGUGAAAGUACUAAGGCCCUGCCGUGGAACAUUGACUAUCUCGAUAAUCACCCUUACGUGGAAAUCACUUCCAGACGGCGUCGAGUACGCAGGUCGGGGUCACAGCGGUCUCCUCUUGCCAGGAAGAACGCUCGAGCGGCCAUCAGUUCUGCACGCGCUGCUCCAGAUGCUGCUCCCCUGGCAAACCUGUCGUGCAGCGGAGAAAGCGUCAGAAUCAAAAUAAGAGAUGAACGUUUAAUCUGGCCAAAAUAUUUUCACUCGUACAUCUGCCCACACAGCUGUUGGGACUGCAAUGAUGACAGAGAGUGCACACCACGGCCUUGCCAGCGUCCCAAGACGGAACCCCUGCGGGGACUCAUCCGACCAUCGGCGGAAGCAAAACCUCGAUUAGCUGUGCUGCCUUUUGUAAGGGUCGUGGCGUGCGGGUGCUAGCGAGAAGGUUUAGAAGUGAGUGUAGCAGAAACUGUGCACAGUUUCUAACUUUGCCUACCAGAUCUCUUCCUGCGAGAGGAAAACAAAAAAUCCCCAAGAAGCUGUCACCCGUUGACUUCUCAGUGGACUCAAGGAUCAAACGAAUGUUUCCAGAAGAACUGUCCUUUCUGGAAUCUUGUGUUUCUCUCUGUCUGCCCCUCUCCUCUUUCUUUCUCUUUCUCUAUCUCUCUCUAUCCCUAACGCGAGCGCACAUUCUCCCUACCUUCAAUUCCAGUCUCUUAAAAAAAAUAUAUCUGUGUAUGGGAAGGCAAUGAGAAAUCCAGGGUAGGACCUCGAUUGUGAUGCAGCUGGAUGUUGAAAAGAAAAAAGAUGGAUGCAAAUGACAAAUGUUGCGGUCUAAGAGACACUUGUCUUCAUUAUCAGGAUUGUAAGGCUUUGGGACUUUAUAAAUGAGAAACAGAUAUGUAGGACAGGUGCUAAUGAAUCUGAAUGGAUGCCGCUAUCAAAACAUUGCAAAGAACUCGUGACCCCAGUUGACGAGUGGAACUCUGCGAUGUUAAAGGUCAUAGUGCUGCGCUCUCUACAUGUCGUUUGAAAAUCUUGUCAGUGCGUUCACAAGAAAAACUGCUGUUAGUUUUUCCUUUUUUUUUGUCAUUUUUUUUUUUGUCUAAACUAUUAACGACUGCUGAUAUGACUUUCACGCAUUGUAUCAAAGCAGAUAUGACUGCAUGCCAAAUGGCCGUCGGGAAUCUUGCAAGGAGCAACAUCCACGAAGGACGCUGAAUUUUAAUGAAAGGACCAUGACCAUGUGACUGAAUGUGGCUCGCAAAGCCAUGUUUAGAAUAUGCCUCCAUCUUUGAGACUUUCACUUUGAGAACAGUGUCUUUGGGGCGCUAACUGCGCUAACUGCGCUAACUGCGCUAACUGCGCUAACAGGUGAAGCUGAAACUUUGCUCUGAUUCUUCAGACAAACAGCCAUGACCUGGAGAAGAAAAGUACAUACAUGAGACUGUCACGGGUGAUACCACUGGCACUGUAAGUGAAAGGACACCCCCAUAUGUGAUGUAUUCGUGGAAAACCCCUUUUUUCUGCCUAUGAAUGCCAUUGGAGUUUGUUAACAUGUUCUGGCGCCCUGCAAUGUAAAUAACAAUUUUCUGUUUGUUGAAAUGACAGCAGCCCCUCAUAUAUGUUUGCACCAGUAUUCGACAACAUUAAUUAAUGAAUCAUUUUGAAGGUUGUAAUUAUUGCAUUUUUCUUCUGUCACAAUAGCUCCGUUAUUAUCGGGAAAAAAUCCUAUGUUGUGUUCUUGUGUUUCUAUUGACAAUAAAUUAUGAAUGUGGCUUUAAGCUUAAUACAUACUUUUAGUUUUAUCUCUUUAAAAAAAAUGUUUUCGACGUUAGUAUAUUUUAGAAGCUGAGAAAUCCAAUUAGUAAUUGACAGUGCUUUCAGAAGGUAAAAUGUUUUUCUGUAUAUUUUGCAUAGACCAUGAUAAAUCGAGUGGAAGAAUCUGUUUUCAAGUAACUUCUUUGGUAAUGUUGCAAUGCCCAGUAAAGUGGAACAAGAAAAAAUACAUAGUGAUCGCAUUCACUUAUGUUUAAAACAAUACGUUAAAAACAUCUGAGGAUAUCGAUGUUACAAUGAUUUAUCUGUUAUUAUCAGGGGGCGGACUGGGCAUUAUUUACAGAGCGGCCCUUCUCACUAAAAUAGCCCUAUACUAUUAUUCUAUAGAACAAAGUAGGCCCACCGGCCCACCGGGCAUUGCCCAAAUGUCCGACUGGCCAGUCCGCCACUGGUUAUUAUGCAUAAAUACCACAAAUACUUAGAAGCAUACAAAACAGAAAAUAUGCAGUGCUAACUGUCGCCACCUUGUAAGUGAGUAAAGGUUGUGUGUGGUUCUCAGACUGCGGUUCCUGUGCGUAUGUGUGUGUGCAUGUGUGUGUGUGUGAGAGAGAGGAAGAGUAACAGAAAAAAAAGAGUUUUAGAGAGCCAAGAUCUCCUGAUGUAAAUGAUUCAUCUGCCCCGUCUUCACAUUUAAUUAAUUUAAUUUCUACUUCUAACUCCACGCCAGUUUUAGAAAAUGCCACGUUGGCUGCAAUUAGAUUUCAUGGAAUGAUUGAUAAUAUGUAAAUAUGGUCACCCCCCAAUCUCAGUACCCUGGCAUGUCAAAAAGUGGCUGUCUUGUACUUGCAUCCACCCCAUUUCCCUGGCAGUGUACCCUGCAUUUUCACAAUAUCCAAUGUUUUCUUUGUGAGUAAUCAUUUAUCGAGGCCUUUUCUCUGCUGGCUGUAUAUAAUAAAGUACAGACAACUGUA